CCUGAAAACAUGACUUCCGCUGGAAGAAUUUUCACAAAAUGUCAUCGGUUUUUAUCGAAUUCUUCUUCAGUUUUACAUAAAAGAAAGUUACUAAUACGUAAAUAUUGUAGUAAUGAAGCAGUUCCUUUAGGACCUAGAGACCCUGGUGAGGUUUUCAUCACUCCAUGUGUGCAAGAACUUCUCUAUAGGAUGACAAGACUAGAUGUUGACAAAGUGUUUGCCCCAAAACUGAAGCAAGCUAAGAAUCCACAGUAUGAACUAAUUCCCGAAUCUAAGUUAGGAGAACUUCAAGAGCGUGUUUUGAGAAAGGCUAUGAACAAGCUGCAGAUGCCCCCAGUGUUGAAACAAAGGGCUCCACUAAAAGAGGUUUUGGAGGAGAAUCCAGACAUUGCUGGCAUAACAGAAACUAAAUAUAUCUUCACUGAUAUCACAUAUGGAAUAUCUAACAAGGAACGCUACAUAGUGGCAAGGGAAGCAGAUGGAACGCUGAGAAAGGCUACGCAUGAUGAACGAGACAGGAUGAUAAAUGUCUAUUUCCCUGUGAAAGGCCGCAUGGUUUAUAUGCCUAAGAUGUUUGAAGAAGCACGAUUAGAAGAAAUGCUAGAAGAAGGCAAACACCUGUAUGUGUUGAACCGUGCAAUAAUUCAGUUUGAACCUGAUAGUCCAGACUAUAUAAGAGUUACACAGAGAACAUAUGAACACAUAGAUAGCAAGAAGCUGUUUGAAGAUCUAAGAUCAACUAGACAUUUUGGUGGCCUGGCAUUCUAUCUUGCAUGGCAUAAAAAGAUUGACCAUUUAUUGGUAGACAUGCUUCAAAGAGACUUGAUCCGUGAUGCUCAAGAUUUGGUAGUACUUCUCAACAUAAUACAUCCUGACAGUGUGUCAGCACAAAUGGCCAAGUCACAAAAUAUUACAGAUCCUAGCACACUCAUUAAGAACUACAUUGAACAUGAUGCCCCACAUGCUGGCAUAGUUGAGCUGGCACUACAGAGCUAUCAAGAUGACCAGCGACAACAAGAGCAACAUAGUAAUGCACAACAAAGCUAGCACUUGAUUAACUGAAGACAAUGUGCGUUUGGGACUUACUAUCUUUGAGUGUGGAAUAAUUUUGGAUUUAUGAAAACUGAGGACGAACAUUACAUAUUACAAGUUACAUACAUAUUCAACACAAUUGAAAUUGUGAGCGAAUUUUAUGUGGAUCGUGUAUUAUGUAUAAGAUUUCUAUGAAAGCUACGAUUCCACAACAGAUGUGCCAAGAGUUUCAUGUUUGCAGCAUAGAGAGUAAAGUAGUUCCUGGAGUCACCCAUAAUACCUCAGCUUGGGAUUCCCAAGUCUAAUGACAUUUAUUGAACCCAAACUUAUUCAAACUGAUCU